CCCUCAAUAUCUCCAAACACUUAGAUUUUUGCCAGAGAGAGAGAGAGAGAGAGAGAGAGAGAAUGGCGUACAGCGCGUGCUUCCUUCACCAGAGUGCUCUGGCUUCCUCCGCCACACGAUCCUCCUCCUCCCCCUCGUCUCUGCACCACGUGGCACCCUCCAGGGCCGUGCAGGUCGUGUGUAGGGCCCAGCAGUCGCCGGAAGAAGAUAACUCCGCCGUCUCACGCCGUCUCGCUCUCACUCUUCUCGUCGGCGCCGCCGCCGUUGGCUCCCGGGUCUCCCCCGCCGACGCCGCCUACGGUGAAGCUGCAAAUGUGUUUGGAAAGCCGAAGACGGACACCGAUUUCUUGGCUUACAGUGGAGAAGGAUUCAAACUGCAAAUCCCAUCAAAGUGGAACCCUAGCAAAGAGGUAGAGUAUCCAGGCCAAGUCCUGAGGUACGAGGACAACUUCGACGCCACGAGCUAUGUCACUGUCAUGGUCACUCCUUCCGACAAGAAGUCCAUCACUGACUACGGUUCCCCCGAACAGUUCCUCUCUCAGGUCAACUAUCUCCUCGGAAAACAAUCUUUCUUUGGCCAGACUGACUCCGAGGGUGGGUUCGACGGGAAUGCAGUGGCGACGGCAAACAUCCUGGACACAUCGACUCAGGACGUCGGAGGGAAACAGUACUAUUACUUGACGGUGUUGACGAGAACAGCGGACGGGAACGAAGGUGGGAAGCACCAGCUGAUCGCUGCCACCGUGAACGGCGGGAAGCUUUACAUCUGCAAAGCUCAGGCAGGAGACAAGAGGUGGUUCAAGGGAGCCAGGAAGUUCGUCGAGAACACCGCCAGUUCCUUCAGUGUCGCGUGAAAACGUCAAUAGAUGUCUGUUUUUAAUUCUCUUCUAUUGGUAAAAAAAAAAAAAAAAAACCUUUUGAGAAUAUAUGAAGA